ACCGAUCAUAGAUCAUAAUGAGGUAAUGAGCUUUUACUAAUUAACAAAUAUGAAAGAAAUAAAAAUAAGAUCUGGAGAGAACUAAUCCAACUUUCUCUGAAGAAUGAGACGUAUGCAAACAUUACUAAAUAAAAGUCUUUAAGAAGAAAUAAAAGGAGAAUUUGAAACGUCACUCUCUUAUAUAUCCAAAUCCUCAUUGCAUUACUUAAUAAUAGCCAAGUCCAAUUUUCAAAGCAAUGGCACUCAUGGAGAAGUCCUUGUUCUAUUCUCAGUUAACACUUUUGUUGCUUCAAUGUAUUGUGACUAGCUCAGCCAUCAAGACACAAGCCAAUAUUACGACUGAUCAGUUUGCUCUAUUGUCCUUGAAAUCACAGAUCAUUUCUGACCCUAUUCAGCUCUUGACCAAAAGCUGGUCUCAGAAUACUUCCGUUUGCGAUUGGAUUGGAGUCACUUGUGGCUCUAGACACCGUAGAGUGACUUCCUUGAACAUCUCCAGCAUGAGUCUAACAGGAACCAUUCCGCAAUAUCUUGGAAACCUCACCUUUCUUGUUUCUCUUGACUUGAGAAGGAACAAUUUCUAUGGCAAGCUGCCUCAAGAAAUGGCUAGUUUGCGGCGAUUGAAGUUUAUGAGAUUGAGUUAUAACAAUUUUAGUGGUGAAGUUCCUUCUUGGUUCGGUUUCUUAACUCAGCUUCAAGUUCUUACUCUUACGAAUAACAGUUUUACUGGUUUACUCCCGUCUUCUCUUUCUAACAUUUCGAAUCUUGCAACUUUGGAUUUAUCUUUCAAUGCUUUAGAAGGACGGAUCCCCGAAGACAUUGGAAAUCUUGAAAAUUUGAGGGGUUUAAACCUGGGAAAUAACAAUCUUAAAGGUUCUGUUCCUCCAUCCUUCUCAAACGCCACGAAGCUGGAAACGUUGAUUCUUUCUAACAACUUUCUUCAUGGAAACAUCCCUGAUGGGAUAGGUGAUCUUCACAACCUGAACUGGUUGACUAUAGAAACUAAUCAGCUUACAGGUUCUAUACCGUUCUCAAUUUUCAAUAUUUCCACACUUGAGACUAUUGGAUUAUCCCAAAAUGGUUUAUCUGGUAAUCUCCCUACUGAUUUAUGUGAUCAUCUUCCGAUACUCAAAGGUCUUUAUCUUUCUUUUAAUGAGCUACAAGGUCAUAUGCCACAAAGCUUGUCAAGAUGCUACGAACUUCAGCUAUUGUCUCUGUCGAAUAAUGAAUUUGAUGGACCGAUACAUAUUGAAAUUGGGAUGUUAAGUAACUUGCAGGCCUUAUAUCUUGGAUUUAACCAUUUCACAGGGGAAAUACCGCAGGAAAUUGGGAAUCUUGUAAACUUGCUGGUAGUAGGCAUGGAGAGAAACCAGCUUACAGGCUCUAUACCCAAGUCCAUAUUCAAUAUUUCUGCACUGCAGCUUCUGUCGCUGCAGAACAACAAUCUAAUGGGAUCCUUAACAAGGGAGAUUGGAAAUCUUACUAUGCUUCAAGAUCUAUAUCUUGGUGACAACAUGCUUACAGGUGAAAUACCAAAAGAAGUAAGCAAUCUCAUUGAGUUGGAGGACUUUAGUUUAGGGAGUAACAAAUUCAGUGGUUCAUUUCCAAUGGGGAUUUUCAACAUCUCAGGACUGAGAUUAAUUUCUCUUACAGAUAAUACUCUAUCGGGAACCCUCCCAUCAAAUAUAGGUUCUACGCUUCCCAACAUUGAACUUCUUUAUUUAGGUGGCCUAACUAGCCUUGCCGGGACUAUACCUCAUUCCCUCUCAAAUUGUUCAAAACUCACUGUUCUAGACCUUUCAGUGAAUAAACUCUCUGGCUCGAUUCCCAACUCUCUUGGAGAUUUGACACUCCUAGAGACACUCAACUUGAUGGAAAACAACUUAAGCAGUGACCAGUCUUCUCAAGAACUUAGCUUCUUAUCUUCAUUGACAAAUUGCAGAAAUCUAAAAGAACUGAGUCUUUCCUUUAACCCUCUAAAUGGUAUGCUUCCAGCCUCAGUUGGUAACCUUUCAACUUCUCUUGAAAAGAUUUUAGCUUCUGAUUGCAAAAUUAAAGGCAGAAUUCCAAAUGAAAUUGGGAAUUUAAGCAGCUUAAUCUUCUUGUAUCUAUACGGGAACAACUUGACUGGACCGAUUCCCAUGACACUUGGCAGCUUAGGCAAGCUUCAACAAUUGUCUUUGGCUAACAACAGACUAAACGGAUCUAUUGGAGAUAGCCUAUGUAAAUUGCAGAACUUGGGUAACAUAGAAUUGGGUGAAAAUCAAUUCUCAGGACUUGUUCCUGAAUGUUUAGGGAAUAUAACUUCCCUCAGGGGGAUAAAACUCAAUUCCAACAGAUUGAGUUCCACUAUACCAUCAAGCUUAGGUAACCUAAAAGAUCUUCUGGAGCUAGACUUAUCGUCUAACAACAUGAGUGGUUCUUUACCAGUAGAAAUUGGAUAUCUAAAGGUUGCAAUUCGUAUAGAUCUUUCGUGGAAUCAGUUUUCAGGUGGUAUUCCAAGAGAAAUUGGAGACAUGCAAAAUCUGAUACACCUUUCUUUGGCACAAAACAAGCUGCAAGUAUCUAUACCUGACUCAAUCGGUAACAUGCUGAGUUUGGAAUUUCUAGACCUCUCGAAUAACAAUCUAUCUGGAUCAAUUCCAACGUCCUUAGAGAAUCUUCAACAUCUCAACUAUUUUAAUGUUUCCUUUAAUAGCUUGCGUGGUGAAAUCCCCUCUAGCGGUCCUUUUAAGGGCCUUUCUGGCCAGUCAUUCAUGUUCAAUGAAGCAUUGUGUGGUGCUCCAAGAUUUCGUGUCCCUCCAUGUCUCACUUCUUCAAACCAUGAUUCAAAGCGGAAGAAGUUACUUCUGAUAGUCUUUCCUCUACUGGGAGCUGCUGUGAUAAUUGUUUUCCUAACAUUGGCAUUUGUGUGGAUGAGGUACAGAAGAGAAGAAAAUGUUCCAGUCCAAGCUGAUCUGUUGGCUACAAGGGGAAGAAUUUCAUAUUAUGAAAUAGUACAAGCCACUAACGAUUUUAGUGAGAGUAAUUUCAUUGGUUCGGGGAGUUUCGGUUCUGUUUACAAAGGAAUACUCAAAGAUGGGACUACCAUUGCAGUUAAAGUGUUCAACGUACAAGUAGAAGGUGCAUUCAAGAGUUUCGAAACAGAAUGUGAAGUUCUUCGCAACCUUCGCCAUAGGAAUCUCACCAAAGUCAUUAGUAGUUGCUCCAACCUUGAUUUCAAGGCUUUAGUGCUUGAAUACAUGCCUAAUGGUAGCCUUGAAAAGUGGUUGUAUUCGCACAACUACUUCUUAGACAUCAUGCAAAGACUAUGCAUAAUGAUAGAUGUGGCAUGUGCAUUGGAAUAUCUCCACCAUGGUUGCUCAGCACCUGUGGUUCAUUGUGAUUUGAAGCCUAGCAAUGUCUUGCUAGAUGAAAACAUGGUCGCUCAUGUAAGUGACUUUGGCAUUUCUAAACUGCUCGGUGAAGAUGAGAGUGAUUUACACACUAAAACAUUAGCAACAUUUGGCUACAUUGCACCAGAGUAUGGAAGGGAGGGACUGGUGUCGCUAAAAUGUGAUGUUUUUAGUUACGGGAUCAUGUUGAUGGAAACGUUUACAAGGAGAAGGCCUAACGAUGAAAUAUUUGAUGGAGAUCUUAGUUUAAAGAAAUGGGUGACUGAUUCACCCCCCGAGGCAGUAGUAGAUCCAAAUUUGAUAAGGUCAGAAGAUAAGAAAUCCAUGGACAAGAUAGAUUGUGUAGCAUCCAUCCUAAAAGUGGCACUAGAUUGCUCUGCUGAAUCUCCUGAAGAAAGGAUCAAUAUGAAAGAUGUUGUCGGAAUGCUGCAAAAGAUCAAGAUUCGACUUCUUUCAUGUUCUGCAAGUACAUAAAAAACAUUUGUAGGGUAUAGCAAAUGUUUGCUGAACCUCUUUAGCUUGGACUGUUAUUUUAUAUUUUUGUUCAUAUUAUUAGUCAUCUAUAUGCUACCUUCGUAUUAUCUGUUUUGUAAGGUUCUGUACACUGUUAAAGGAGGACAUUCAAAUAACCUUAAUCAUCAGAGUAUUUCUCUCAAGUUUCACCUA